AAAGAUGGCGGACGCUUUCGGGGAUGAGCUCUUCAGCGUGUUUGAGGACGACUCGGCCACCGCACCCGGAACUAAAAACGACAGAGAGAAGGAGAAGGGGAAAUGGAAAGGGCCGCCAGGGUCUGCAGAAAAGGGCGGGAAACGUUUUGAUGGUAAAUUACAAUCGGAGUCAACUAAUACUGCAAAAACCAAGAGAGAUGCAGAUUUUGAGGGCACAGAUGAACCCAUAUUUGGAAAGAAGCCUAGGGUGGAAGAAUCAAUAAAUGAAGAUUUAAGUUUGGCUGACUUGAUGCCCAGAGUCAAGGUACAAUCAGUUGAAACUGUUGAAGGGUGUACACAUGAGGUUGCACUUCCUGCAGAUGAAGAUUAUUUACCACUUAAACCUCGAGUUGGAAAAGCUGCAAAGGAAUACCCGUUCAUUCUUGAUGCUUUUCAAAGAGAAGCCAUUCAGUGUGUUGAUAAUAAUCAGUCGGUUUUAGUAUCUGCACAUACAUCAGCAGGAAAAACUGUAUGCGCUGAGUAUGCCAUUGCAUUGGCCUUAAGGGAAAAACAGCGUGUAAUAUUCACCAGCCCAAUUAAGGCUCUGAGUAACCAGAAAUACCGAGAAAUGUAUGAAGAGUUUCAAGAUGUUGGUUUGAUGACUGGAGAUGUUACUAUUAAUCCUACAGCAUCUUGUCUUGUUAUGACCACAGAGAUUUUGAGAAGUAUGCUGUACAGAGGUUCUGAAGUUAUGCGAGAAGUUGCUUGGGUCAUAUUUGAUGAAAUUCAUUACAUGAGAGAUUCAGAGCGUGGUGUUGUAUGGGAAGAAACUAUUAUUUUGCUUCCUGACAAUGUCCACUAUGUCUUUCUUUCGGCUACUAUUCCAAAUGCCCGACAGUUUGCUGAAUGGAUUUGCCAUUUGCAUAAACAGCCUUGUCAUGUAAUUUACACAGAUUAUCGGCCGACACCAUUGCAGCACUACAUUUUUCCAGCAGGGGGAGAUGGCCUGCACCUUGUGGUUGAUGAAAAUGGUGACUUCAGAGAAGAUAAUUUUAAUACUGCAAUGCAAGUGCUUCGAGAUGCUGGUGAUUUGGCAAAAGGAGAUCAGAAGGGGCGAAAAGGAGGAACAAAAGGACCAUCAAAUGUGUUCAAGAUUGUGAAGAUGAUUAUGGAAAGAAAUUUUCAACCUGUAAUUAUUUUCAGCUUUAGUAAGAAGGAUUGUGAAGCCUAUGCACUUCAGAUGACCAAAUUAGAUUUUAACACAGAUGAAGAGAAGAAGAUGGUUGAAGAAGUAUUCAGUAAUGCCAUUGACUGUUUGUCUGAUGAAGAUAAAAAACUCCCUCAGGUCGAACAUGUACUUCCUCUUUUGAAGCGGGGAAUUGGUAUUCACCAUGGUGGCUUACUUCCUAUUUUGAAAGAAACUAUAGAAAUUCUCUUUUCUGAAGGAUUGAUAAAGGCCUUAUUUGCCACAGAGACUUUUGCCAUGGGAAUUAAUAUGCCAGCUAGAACUGUUUUAUUUACAAAUGCCCGAAAAUUUGAUGGGAAAGAUUUCCGAUGGAUUUCCUCUGGUGAAUACAUUCAGAUGUCUGGUCGAGCUGGAAGGAGGGGAAUGGAUGAUAGAGGAAUUGUGAUUCUUAUGGUGGAUGAAAAGAUGAGCCCAACAAUUGGAAAACAGCUACUUAAGGGCUCAGCUGAUCCUCUAAAUAGUGCUUUCCAUUUGACCUACAACAUGGUUUUGAACUUGCUACGUGUAGAAGAAAUUAAUCCUGAGUACAUGUUGGAAAAAUCCUUUUACCAGUUUCAACAUUAUAGAGCAAUUCCAGGAGUAGUAGAGAAGGUAAAGAACUCAGAAGAACAGUAUAAUAAAAUAGUAAUACCAAAUGAGGAAAGUGUUGUCAUCUAUUAUAAGAUUAGACAGCAGCUUGCCAAACUGGGUAAAGAAAUUGAAGAAUAUAUUCACAAACCAAAAUACUGCUUACCAUUUCUACAGCCAGGUCGUUUGGUAAAGGUAAAGAAUGAAGGAGAUGAUUUUGGCUGGGGAGUAGUGGUAAAUUUCUCCAAAAAGUCAAAUGUCAAGCCUAAUUCUGGUGAACUGGAUCCUUUAUAUGUAGUAGAAGUACUUCUGCGCUGUAGCAAAGAAAGUUUGAAAAAUUCAGCUACUGAGGCUGCAAAACCAGCUAAGCCUGAUGAGAAAGGAGAGAUGCAGGUUGUUCCAGUUUUGGUGCACCUCCUGUCUGCUAUCAGCAGUGUUAGGCUUUAUAUUCCUAAAGACCUUCGGCCAGUGGAUAAUAGACAGAGUGUUUUAAAGUCAAUACAGGAAGUUCAGAAACGUUUUCCUGAUGGUGUUCCCUUAUUAGAUCCUAUUGAUGAUAUGGGCAUUCAAGAUCAAGGGCUGAAAAAAGUCAUCCAGAAAGUAGAGGCUUUUGAACAUAGAAUGUAUUCUCAUCCACUUCACAAUGAUCCAAAUUUGGAAACAGUGUAUACUCUUUGUGAAAAAAAAGCACAGAUUGCAAUAGAUAUUAAAUCUGCAAAGCGAGAACUAAAGAAAGCAAGAACUGUCCUACAAAUGGAUGAGCUCAAAUGCCGCAAACGUGUUUUAAGGAGGUUGGGAUUUGCUACUUCUUCUGAUGUCAUAGAGAUGAAAGGACGAGUGGCUUGUGAGAUAAGCAGUGCUGAUGAACUCCUUCUAACUGAGAUGAUGUUUAAUGGCCUUUUCAAUGACCUGUCUGCAGAACAGGCAACGGCACUGCUAAGCUGCUUUGUGUUUCAAGAGAAUUCAAGUGAGAUGCCCAAAUUAACUGAGCAGUUAGCAGGACCACUUCGUCAAAUGCAGGAAUGUGCUAAAAGAAUUGCAAAAGUUUCAGCAGAAGCCAAAUUGGAAAUUGAUGAGGAAACUUACCUAAGCUCAUUCAAACCUCACUUAAUGGAUGUAGUGUAUACCUGGGCAACGGGAGCAACAUUUGCUCAUAUCUGCAAGAUGACAGAUGUCUUUGAAGGCAGCAUAAUUCGUUGUAUGAGGCGCCUGGAAGAACUGCUUAGACAGAUGUGUCAAGCAGCAAAAGCCAUUGGAAAUACUGAGCUGGAAAACAAAUUUGCAGAAGGAAUCACCAAAAUCAAGAGAGAUAUUGUAUUUGCUGCCAGCCUCUACUUGUAAAAGGAGCCAGCGAAAUGAAUGUGGGAUUUUAAAGUUUUCACCACCUGAUUACAGCUGACUACAUAUAAAUGCUUACACAAGUAUUGAUUUGGUUCUCUCAUCUCAAGGCAGUCGUUCAAACAUUUUAAUAUGUAUUAUGUUUAAAUCAGGCAUCAUGCUAAGAAAGCAUACAUUACAUACACAUUUGUACAUAAGCAUUACAUUUUUUUAAUAAAAAAAAUGUACAGGUGGGCA